UUAAGCAAACAAUAGAAAUAUGUGUAAGGAUAAUUGUAAUAUUUUAAUUUACUAACAUAAAUUCCAUAAACUUAAAAGCUUUGCAAUAGACUGCCUCUCUUUCAAUGGGUUUCUCCUCACAUGAUAGUUGAACUUUGCUGCAAAACAGAGAGAGGCCCUUGCUCUUUAAGUCUGAAAGACUGAGACCAAAGCUUGACAUUUACCACAGAUGUCUUCAAUAGUUGUACUUUCAUUUCACUUCCACUGGAUCUUUGCAGGAAACAACACAGUGUGACAUCAUGAAGGGAAAAAAUAUGCCAUAAAACCUACAUCAACAAUUGUUUGAGAAUUUUUAAAGAGUGGAUUUGAACCUUUUAAGAGACGUUAAGCCUAAAAAUAAUCUGUUACUGUGAAUUUAAUAGAGAGUUUAAUAUUGUUUUAGCCUUUAUUUGCCUGCCAAGGACAAAACUGUGGGGCAUUUUGUCAUUAAAGUGAUUAUCAGCGCAAAAUACUAGCGGCAUCAGUCCAGCAUUUUUAAUACUGACCUUUUCCUUCAAAUAGCAUCCCUGGUUUAACCGUACUAAUAGUUGACAAUCUGUCUGUUUGCUUUGUUUGGCAGGGUCAACACAGGUAGAGCACUCAGUAACUCUGCAGGCCAGACUUAGCUGGUCUCCUUUGGGAAACUAACACACAUGCCGGCUCCCUGUGGACAAUCCCUAUAAACACAUGAGAGGGAAGGAACACAGACAAACCAUGAAAAAGAUAUACAUUGGCAAAACCGCCUUAAAAGUUCCCCGAAAUGGCGGUAAACAUCCGAAAAAGAGCUCAUUGCUGGAGCAGAAGGAGGACUUGCGGAAGCGGCUUUCCUACACAACACACAAGCUGGAGCUGCUGCAGAGCGAGUUUGACUCCACACGGCAGUACCUGGAGACAGAGCUGCGCCGUGCACAGGAGGAACUGGACAAGUUCACUGAUAAACUGCGCAGAAUACAAAGCAGCUACUCAGCACUGCAGAGGAUCAACCAAGAUCUGGAGGAAAAGAUUCACAGAAAUAGCCAGCACCACGACGAUGAGAAGCGAGCUCUGAGCAGAGAGAUCAUCGUUCUAAACAACCAUCUGAUGGAGGCCAAGCUCACCAUUGAGAAGCUACAAGAGGACAAUGAUCUGUACAGGAAGGACUGUAACCUGGCUGCUCAGCUUCUCCAGUGCAACAAGUCUCUUUACAGGGCCCAGCUCUCUGAGCUGCCUGCUGAUUUUCAGGAGCGACUGACCAUGCACAUGGAGGAGUCUCCUCUCUGUCACACCUACUCUGACUCUGUCCCGGCCUCUCUAAUUGCCAAAGUGCUUGAGAAGCCAGAUGAGGUCUGCAGCAGCAGCCAAGCCUCCCGCUCCCCUAGCCCCCAAGCCCAGGAACACGCGUUCAUCUUGGAGAGCUUGGGCCCAGGAGAGCGCCUGGGGCUCCGGGCAGCGUACAAAUCUGACCUGUACAGCAGUGACACGGCCCUGUACUGCCCUGACGACCGGCACCGUGAGCGGAGGCCCAGCAUGGACCUCCACGGUCAGAGGAAGCUGCUGUAUGGACCCCAGAACUCCACUGACAGCACCCCAGAGGAGGGCUCGGUGGGGUUAAGGCCCGGCUUCUCCCAGGAGCACUUUGCUAAGUUCCCUACCACACUGGGCGCAGGCUCCAGCUCCUACUCCAGCUUCAGUGGAGGGGGCUCUGAAGACAAAGGUAAUGGCCCUCCAAGCAGUGCAGCUUCCUCCCCGCGCCAUCACUCCCUCUAUAUGGACUGGAGAGAUGCAGGGGACUAUGAGAGAAAGAGUGACUCAUCGUGGGAGAGGGACAGUCCAAGAGGCUUUGCCAAUGCUCAUCCCUUCCAGCAGACGGAGCUAAGCCACCACCAGAACGGCAGCUCUCCUGUCUACAGCCGCACCAUGUCCUCCUGUUUCAGUGAGCCCUACGAGCCGCUCCCUCCAUCCUCCUCCCCGAGUGUUGCCUACGGAGACAGUCGUCGAGGCAGCACACUAGCCCCAGAGGAGGAGGAGCUUAUUGGCCGAUGGAGACAACUUAGUGUGGAGGACUUAAGUGCCCACACCUACCGCAGUCCAGGCCGGGCCUCGCCCUACAGCUUCUCAGAGCAGCACUUCUCUGUCCGGCCAGCCAAGAUCCGACUAGGGCCGCUCUACAGCAGCUUCCAGGAAGGGGCUGACUAUUACCAUCACGGAGUGGGUGUCAUGGACCCAGUGUGGGUCGACGCCAGCCCCAGCCCCGAAUGCAGCCCAGGGCUGCGGCAGGCCCACAGCCAAGCCCACCUGUAUCGAGCUGAGGACAGCCAGGGGUCGGAGCACAGCCUCUACCACUCAGGGAGCUCCAAAGACAGGGAGGGCAACGUGGCAGCUGGAGGCCAAAGCACGGAUUAUGUAGACCCCAGCCCCAACAGUUCCACCGAGUCUCUCAACCAGAGGUCCCUGGAGAUGGCCGCAGACCUGCAGCACUAUCAAGUGGAGAUGCACAGCCUGCCUGCACAGGUGAGCCAGUCACCACCACCGGCCCCACCCCCUCCUCCUCCGUACAACCAAAAAUUUGGCUCCCUGGGACUUUCCAGGAAGGACAGUCUGACCAAGGCACAGCUAUAUGGAACGCUUCUGAACUGAGGGACUUUUCAAUCAGGUAAAUUAUUUGAUAGGAUGCUAGAUGCAAGGCCCUGGUAUGUCCAGCUACAUCUUCUAAUAACACAAUCAUUUUGAUAGAAAAUGGUUUGAAUAGAAGCCAGGAGCCACAGAAUUCAAAGUAUCACAAACAUGUAACUGUAUUGCUGAUUAUUCAAAAGCUUUGAUUGUAUGACAGUGGGUGGCUGCAGUGAAGUCCAGAGCAAGUAAGUCAUGUAAAAGUUAUAGAGGGGCAACAGGGGGAGAGGAGAUCAAGGGGCCCCUAAAAUUUGCAAGAAUGUGUAUGUAUUUAAAUUACAAAUGUAUAAAUAUAUACUUAUAACUGAAAAUUGAGUGAUAUAUUUUGUAUGUAGCUGUUAACAGGAAAUACAUCUAAAACAAUCACACAACUGCAAAUCUCCUUGAUGAACCUGGAACUUGUACAUAAAUUUUAAAAACUGCCAAUCCUAUAUUCAGAAACUCUAAGAGGUACUGUAUUUUAAUUGAGACUUGAUGCCCGUAUAAACUGCACAUAGAUUCGUUUCAGUCACUAUUUUCAAUUGGCUGAAACAAUGUUGGCCUUGUGAAGAUUAAAAAAUGAAUGUGGGACAUAGAAAGAUGACAAAAAACUAACAAAUCACUUACAUGAACAAUGACACAUUUUGAUUUUCCUCCGUUGAUUGAACUUGACAGUAUCGAUGGGUGUGUUAUAUUGUUAUUGAUGGAACGUUUUGAGAUGUAAACAUCUGUCUUAGCAGUCAGUAUUAUUUCAUUUUUUGCUCUUCUGUAUCCCGCGGAGAGGUUUUCCUGCCCCCAUUCUACCUCAGAUUUGGAUGCCCACACCCCAUCAAGCCACUGUAACCCUGUUUCUUUAACAACAAUGCAUGUUUAUAUAUUUCGGUUGUUUUGUUCGCCUAAUA